AGUUAAAAGGUUUUCUGGUAUCGACGGGCUUUAUAUUAGUUCAAUAAAACGGGAAAUAUACUUAAAGACUGAAUAGAACUGAAAAGCUACUUAAAAAAUAAUCGAUUCAUUAGCUGCUACCCCAAAAGCACCUAAAAAUUACCAACCGCCUGGUUUAAUUUUCGUAAACAAUUUAUGUAGCCAGCGAACAUGGAACGUUUGGCCAGAGUUUUCUCCCAGCAGGAUGAACUGAUGACUCUGGAUGGAGGUUACAAGGAUGAGUUCGAAACCUUUAAAGCACUGGCCUCACUGCCGGCGGAAAAGCUGCAGAGAUUCCAGCAGCUGGCGCUCAAAUUGCUGCAGGAUUUAGAGCAACCGCACGACAGAAAUAAGUGCGCAGAAAGAUCGCGAAAUCUGCGCGAGAAAGGCAACCUUGUGCUAAGAGGUUCUGCGACUGGAUCCUCUCAAGACGCCGUCCUGAAUGCCUGCAGGCUUUAUACGGGAGCCGUUUUCGAGGCCGAGGAUGCUGUGGAUGAGCUGUCGCUGGCGUUUGCCAACCGAGGAAUGGCUUUGCAGGAGUACGGGUACUACAGAGAAGCCUACGACGACUGCGUCAAUGCGCUGGAGUGUGGAUAUCCGGAAAGGCUGCGGCACAAGGUGAUCAUGCGGCAGGCCUACUGCGCCUGGGAGCUGAAAAAUAUUGCUUCCCUGGAGGAACACUUGGAUUGUCUAGAGCAGCUGCAGCUCAACGAGAGCUUUCAGCAGCAGCUGGAGAAGCUGAAGCAGAAACUGGAUCUACUAAAGAACCAACCCAAAGAGCAGGAAGCUCAAGAGAAAGUGGAGGAUAAGGCUUUAGGGGAAAUCCUUACAGAUCCAGGUCAACGUGGACGAUAUAUGGUGGCUAAGGACACCAUUAGCAAGGGAAAAGUAAUCUUUUCCGAGCGAGCCUCCUGUUUUGUUCCACUUGAGCAACAUCUUAUUUGCCAGCAAUGCGCCGCCAGCUUGAUGAGCGCUCCCAUACCCUGUCCGAAGUGCCAUCAACGGGUCGUCUACUGCUCUCGGAAAUGUCGGGAGGCACACUUGGCUAUCCACAAGUUCGAGUGCGCCGCCUACAGAAAGAAUCUGCUCAAACUGUUGGGCGUGUCGCAUUUGGCCUUGCGACUAGUUUUGUCUUACAUUCCCUACAUAAUGCCUCAUUUGGAGGAGAGGACCACUGCAAAGGAUAUUUGGGAUGAAAUUACGAAUCUAUCCCGAAAACCGGAAGCGAGUGAAAUCUCUCCAGAGUAUUUGAGAAGUCUGCGCAUGGUCAGUCUAUUGGAUCAGGCUUCCAAGCCGGAGUUAACUUACCAUAUCCUCUGUGCCAACUUCCUUCAACUUUAUCUGAAAGGACACACUGAUUUCUUCGAUCAGUUCGGCUCAUUGUCAGCCAGCACUGAAGAUUGGCAACUGAUAAUAUCAUCACUGAUUCUUCGAUUUGCUGGUCAGUUGCUGGUGAAUGCGCAUGUGGGCUAUGCGUUACUUGCUGUUGGCAUGGAGCCAAACGAGUUUGUCCUGCUGCAGCCGAAUUUGUGGCAAAAGCCUCGACACCUGAAACGCGGGAAGCUGCACAUUUUAUCCCACUCGGGGAAUAUUACAGCUAUCAAUCUGCCUUACUUAAGCUUGUGCAACCACGCCUGCGAACCCUCGAUUCGCACCAAGUUAGAUGGCUGUUCCGUGGUGAACUACGCUGUAAAGGACAUUUCAGAUGGCGAGGAGAUCUUCAAUUGCUAUACAGGGACUUACAUGACCAGCUCAAAGCUUCAGCGAUUUGAAGCCCUAAAGGAGAUCUACAAAUUUGAGUGCGCGUGCGCUAAGUGCACAAAAACUGAUCCCGACCAAAACUAUCUUUCUUUCCAUCGUUAUCGCUGCGAGAAACCCAACUGCCGGCAAGAAUUCAUCCCAGACGCCAGAGUUCAAAGAAAUAAUCUCAUCUGGUGGCUGGCAUCCAAUGCAGAGACCCCGAUUAUUUGCACAGUGUGCCAGGAGCGUCAGGAUUUCGCUUGGUAUAAUGAGUUCCUUGGACUCAUCGAGAGCUGUGCCGAUUCGUCGAAACGGCAGGAUCUUUUUAAGGCAUUCGAUGAUCUAGACAAAUGGCUUGUGGAUUACCACAGUCUAAAAAGAAUUAUGGCCGCGGAACUGGUAACAGCCUGUUUUAUAAAGAUAGAUGAGGGAACUUCGAUGGAUGAGUCGGAGUAUGAAGAUCUUGCGAGGAUUAUCCGAAAACAGCUGGAGGGCACUGCUGCGCAGUAUGGUGAUACCUCAAUGGAAUACAUUGUCCGCAUGACCUAUUUGUGGGAUAUCAUAGCCCAGAAGAAAUGCCGCACCAACGAAAAGGAACUUCUACAGAUGAAAGGUAAGGUGAAAUAUCUGGCUAGCGAGCAUCGCGAGGUGUUCUUGAACUAUUACAACGAUUUUAUUGAGCAACAAUGUAAAUAACGAUAUACAUACACGCAUUAAAUUCACUAGUUUCGAGCUACAA